CAAAAUUAAAGAAAUAAAAAGAAGGGAUCAGAGAGAGAGAGAGAGAGAGGACUGUGUCUUUCCAGACUUGAACCCUCCGGAGAUUACUACAGAAGAGUCUCUCUUUUUAUGCGUACUUCUCCUUUUCUCUUUUUAUUCUUUGGCCAAGUCUCUCUCUCGCUCUCUAUUUGCUGCACUCAUUCUAAUCUAGUGGAGGAGUGUAGUGCAUUAACGAAAGAAGAAAAAAAAAAAUCCACCAUUAAUGCUCUCUACCUUCCCUUUUACUCUUUCUCUAUUCAAAACCCUUUCAAACUCCUCUUCCUUCCUUCUUCUUGCGCCCGCCGCCCAUCUCUUCCUCAAAGAACCAACAGUUCCUUCCUUACGCUCGCUCUCAUGUUAAAACUCCUCUGUCUUCCUCUUCAUGAUUGUUUUUUCAGCCAUAAUUUCUAGUAAAAAGAAGAGGAAGCUUUUUGGCCGGUUCUUGCUGUCAUCCCUCUCCAGCAUCAACCUUACUUGAGCUCUGUCUCAUAUCCUUUCUUCUUCUUUUUUUCCCCCUCUCAGCUCCUUUUAAUCUUUGAAGGCCACUGUUUUGUUCAGAGGAAAUGCUGAACGGCGCCGUUUCUCUCAGCUUCUUCCUCUUCCUCGCCGUUUCAGCGACGGCAGACCCGACAUUCAACGACGACGUCUUGGGUCUCAUCGUUUUCAAGGCUGGCCUCGACGACCCUCUCUCAAAGCUCGCUUCUUGGAACUCUGAAGACUACGAUCCCUGCAACUGGGUCGGUUGCAUUUGUGACCCUGCCACCAAUCGUGUCACGGAGCUCCGACUUGACGCUUUCUCUCUCUCCGGUCACAUCGGCCGUGGCCUCCUCCGUCUCCAGUUCCUCCACACCUUGGUCCUCUCCAACAACAACCUGACUGGAAACCUUAACCCCGAGUUCCCUCGCCUCGGCAGCCUCCAAGUCAUCAAUUUUAGCGGCAAUAAUCUCUCGGGUCGGAUCCCAGACGGGUUCUUCGAGCAAUGCGGGUCCUUGAGGUCAGUCUCUUUGGCCAACAACAAACUCACAGGCCCUCUCCCAGUCUCCCUCAGCUACUGUUCUACUCUCACCCAUCUUAACCUCUCAAGCAACCAACUUUCUGGGAGACUAGCACGCGAAAUCUGGUUCCUCAAGAGCUUAAAGUCUCUUGAUUUAUCUGACAAUUUCCUCCAAGGAGAUAUCCCUGAUGGUCUCGCCGCUCUCUACGAUCUCCGUCUCAUCGACUUAUCUAGAAACUGGUUUUCCGGCCACCUUCCUUCCGACAUUGGACGGUGCUCUUCCCUUAAAUCUCUUGAUUUUAGUGACAACUACUUCUCUGGGAAUCUUCCGGAUUCAUUGAGAACGAUCAGCUCUUGUACCUCUGUCCGUCUCCGAGGAAACUCUCUGGCCGGAGAAAUCCCUAAUUGGAUCGGUGACAUUGCCUCUCUCGAGACCCUUGAUCUCUCUGCAAACAACUUCUCAGGCAAUGUCCCCUUCUCCCUCGGUAAUCUCGAGUUUUUAAAGGAACUCAACCUAUCCACUAACAUGCUCACUGGGGAGCUCCCACAGACCAUCUCCAACUGCUCCAGCUUGAUCUCCAUUGACAUCAGCAAGAACUCAUUCACAGGAGAUGUGCUUAAGUGGAUGUUCACCGGGAACUCUGAAAGUUCCUCCCUUUCCAGGUUUAGUCUCCACAAAAGAUCAGGGAACGACACCAUUCUUCCCAUCGUUGGCUUCCUUCAAGAUCUUCGGGUCCUCGAUCUGUCGUCAAACAGGUUUUCCGGUGAGUUACCGUCUAACAUUUGGGUCCUCACAAGUUUGGUGCAGCUUAACAUGUCCACCAACUCUCUGUUCGGUUCCAUACCGACCGGCAUUGGAGGGUUAAAAGUCGCUGAGAUUAUUGAUCUGAGUAGUAAUCUUUUCAAUGGAACCGUUCCUUCUGCGAUCGGAGGAGCCAUCUCCUUGAAAGAACUUAAUUUGCAGAGAAAUCGCCUCUCUGGCCAGAUUCCAGUACAGAUCUCUAACUGUUCCGCUUUAAACGCAAUAGAUCUGUCAGAGAAUGAAUUAUCCGGUGAAGUUCCGGCGAGCAUUGGCAGUUUGAGCAACCUCAAGUACGUUGACCUGUCGAGAAACAAUCUCUCGGGAAGCUUACCCAAAGAAAUAGAGAAACUUUUGCAUCUCCUGACCUUCAACAUCUCCCACAACAACAUCACAGGGGAGCUGCCAGCUGGAAGUUUCUUCAACACCAUCCCCCUCUCUGCUGUCACGGGAAAUCCAUCCCUCUGUGGUUCCGUGGUGAAUCGCUCAUGUCUCUCUGUCCACCCCAAACCUAUCGUCCUCAACCCCAACUCCUCCAAUCCAACCAAUGGUCCAGCUCUCACUGGGCAGAUCAGGAAGAGCGUUCUGAGCAUAUCUGCCCUCAUCGCGAUUGGUGCAGCCGCUUUCAUUGCCAUCGGGGUGGUGGCUGUCACUCUCCUCAACGUGCACGCCCGAUCUAGUGUUUCCCGUCACAAUGCAGCAACUGCUCUCGCUCUUUCGGUUGGAGAAACGUUCAGCUGUUCGCCUAGCAAAGAUCAAGAAUUUGGAAAGCUGGUGAUGUUCUCAGGCGAAGCCGACGUGUUUGACACCACAGGCGCUGAUGCGUUGCUUAACAAGGACUGUGAGCUGGGUCGUGGUGGAUUCGGAGUGGUCUACAAGACAAAUCUCCACGAUGGGCGUCCUGUGGCAGUCAAGAAACUUACAGUGUCGGGUCUAAUAAAGUCGCAGGAGGAAUUCGAGAGAGAGAUGAGAAAACUCGGGAAGCUGAGGCACGAUAAUGUGGUGGAGAUUAAAGGGUACUACUGGACGCAAUCGCUGCAGCUCCUGAUCCACGAGUUUGUUUCAGGUGGAAGCUUGUACAGACAUCUCCACGGAGACGAGAGUGUUUGCCUAAAUUGGCGUCAACGCUUCAGCAUCAUUCUAGGGAUAGCGAGAGGUCUAGCCUAUCUGCAUGGCAGUAACAUCACUCACUACAAUCUGAAAGCAACGAAUGUGCUUGUAGACGCCACAGGAGAGGCUAAAGUCUCUGACUUUGGGCUGGCCAGGCUUUUGGCUUCGGCACUGGAUAGGUGCGUCUUGAGCGGCAAGGUACAGAGCGCAUUGGGGUAUACUGCCCCGGAGUUUGCAUGCCGAACAGUGAAGAUAACCGACAAAUGCGAUGUUUAUGGGUUUGGGAUUCUGGUGCUGGAGGUGGUGACGGGGAAGAGGCCGGUGGAGUACGCAGAAGACGACGUGGUGGUGCUGUGUGAGACGGUGAGAGAAAGAUUAGAAGAAGGGAGGGUGGAAGAGUGCGUUGACCCACGGUUGAGAGGGAAUUUUCCAGCGGAGGAGGCAAUACCGGUGAUUAAACUAGGUUUGGUAUGUGGCUCUCAAGUGCCGUCGAAUAGGCCGGACAUGGAAGAAGUGGUGAAGAUAUUAGAGCUGAUACAGAGUCCCUCUCAUGACUUAGAGUGAUUCAUCAACUGCAAAUGAAUCAAUCUAUCCUUGUAUUCCUUCAUUCCUUGUUCAAUUUUCAUAUUAGCAUAAAAUAUAUAUAUAGCUUUCUGUCUUUUUUUUUAUAAAAUGGUAUUUCUUGUGAGUUCACCAGUUA